UAGAUGUGCAUAUGUGAGUGGAUGGAUGGAUGGAAGUGGAUUGUGUUGAGGUGUUGGAUAUCAUUCUAGUUGUAACUGGGAGUAUCUGUAUUAUUUUAUGGUGAAAUAACCUAAUUUUCUCCAGCCAUACGAACUUGUCUGAUCCAGAUAUAAGUGGGAGUUUGAAGGAGCAUACUGUUUCUGCCAACAUCGGGAUUGGUUUGCCAACAGCAUCAUGAGUCGCAAACGGUUCAUAGACAAGAAUAAAUCGGUAUCAUUUCACCUACUUCACCGGUCCCAAAGAGAUCCUCUGGCAGCAGACGAGUCAGCCCCGCAGAGGGUUCUCGCGGAGGUCGAAGAUACCAAAGGCGAUGCGGCUCUCUCAAGGAGAGAGCUUAAUGCUAAGUACGGCAUAUACUUUGAUGACGAUUACAACUAUCUCCAGCAUAUGAAAGAUGCCAAAAAGCAAGAUGUCGUUUGGGUGGAGUCCGUGGCCGCCGCCAAGAAAAGGGGCAAGCGCCCCCACGCAUCUCCUCAGGAUGAGUUGUCGGAGGCGGGCCCGUCCCUGCAGCUACCAUCGUCACUCUUCGCUUCGAAUGUGGAGGAGAAGGUUGGUCUGCUGAACAAAGCAGCGCCGGAUCACAGCCCUCCCGACGAAAUCGAGUCUGAGUUGAAUGAGAUCAUGGGUGAUGAUUACGCGCACGACCCCCAAAAUGAAUUAGAGGACAAUUUCUUCGAGUUAGCGGGUGGCCUGGCGACUGACAGUGAAAGCGACGACGAGAUUGAGGUGGAAAUGGAUGAUGAGGAUGGGGAUUUUGAUUCUGAUCAGUUCGACGAAGAAGCCGUCCACGAUCUAAAGCCAUUCAGACAUGAGUCCAAGUCUCAGUUCACCGAGUACUCCACCACAAGUCAAGGGGUGCUCAGUACGGUGGAAAUGGAGGCACUGAACGAGAGAUUCGACAAUUUCAUGGGACAGUACGAGGAUCUUGAAGUAGGUGGUCUGGAAUCGGAGGAGAUCGCCGGUGCACUGGAUCCGAACUCGGAUCGCUUACUUCAGCUUGCUGCUGAAUUCGAGAAGGCAAAAGAGAAGCCGACCAUUGAAAAGGAAGUAGCCGUCAGAGAGACCAAGGAAGAUCGCGAUGAUGAAGACCUGGUUUUUCUCACAGUGUACGAGAAUUUGAAAGAGGACAGAAUGGACUGUGAAAGUAUUCUGUCCACGUAUUCCAACAAACGGAAUCUGCCUCACCUCAUCGAUGGUCCGAGUAGCAUGCAAAAAAUCAAGAUAGACAAGAAGGGCAUAGUCAAAGAUGACAAGCCAAAGUUGACGAAAAAGGCUCUCGCACAACUGAAUAAAAAGGAGAGAGAAGAAUCUGGUGACGACAGUGAUGGGUCCGAGUCCUCUUUCGGCAAUGAAACGCUCGCAAGUAGGAUUUCUAUGUUGUCUGUGCGGCCUGAGGGUGAGACCUCUGGUGAAAGGAAGGCAAGGAAACAUGAGUUAAAAGCUCUCAGAAGAGAACGUAUUCAGGAAAAGAAGGCUAAUCAGCUUUUGACGAAGGUGUUGUCUGAGCGGCAAGCCCAAAGCCAAUCGGAUAAACUGAAAGCCAAGCAGGCUAUUCACUAUCACUGACAGACAUGAAGCGGUUGAGUGCGUGGAAGGCGAGAUGCCCUGUCAACUUUGCUGUGUGAGGAUUGUUUAGAACUGAGGUGUGUGAAUCAUCGGUUCAUAGUGUCUGCACGUUCUGUGGAAUAUAUUUGUGGAAGCGCUGCCAGUCGGCAGUGAGUGCGAAGUGGUGGGAGUAACCGUAUAUUUUUAUGAGCGAGGUAUAGGUGACGUACGCGAGUGGCUGACUGGCAUGGCAUCCGAUCAAUGUCGAUGGGCGUCGGCCCAUAUCGUUCUUCACAAGCCCAUAAAGCGGGCCAUUUUCAGACUUGCUUUAUGCGCCUGCGUAUGCAUGUUCAUUGUGCGUGUGGGUCCGCCUUGUAUGUGUAUAAUUGGUGAGCGUCUGACACCUUUCGGAUUACACUACGCGAAGCUUUG